AGCCCGUCUGCUUUCUGAUUGGACACUGAUUGUUACUGAGUUGUAAAUGUGUUGAGAUGAACACAGAAUAUCUUCUGUCACUGUCUCACGGAUCUGUUUCUCUUUCUCAACAGUCGUCGCUGUUAAAGAAGAAGCUGGAGGAGCAUCUGGUGAAGCUCCAUGAGGCUCAUUCUGACCUGCAGAAGAAGCGAGAGGUGAUCGAUGAUCUGGAGCCGCACGUGGACAGCAACAUGGCAAAGAAGAUCGAUGAGCUGCAGGAGAUCCUGAAGAAGAAGGAUGAAGAUAUGAGACGAAUGGAGGAGAGAUACAAGAGAUACGUGGACAAAGCUCGCACGGUGAUUAAGACUCUAGACCCGAAGCAGAAGAGUAACAUGGUUCCUGCUGAAGUUCAGGCCCUGAAGAACCAGCUGACAGAGAAAGACAGGAAGAUACAACAUCUGGAGCAUGAUUUUGAGAAGACGCGCUCCAGACAUGACCAGGAGGAGAAGCUCAUCAUCUCGGCAUGGUACAACAUGGGAAUGGCUCUUCAUCAGAAGGUGGCUGGAGAGCAAUCCAGAUCCGGUUCUGGUUCGGCUCAGUCCUUCCUGGCCCAGCAGACAGUCGACACAUGCGCGCCGAGGACUGGCCCGUCUGCAGCCCAGAUGAACAAACACGGAUCUUCCAUUCAGACGAUCAACACUCAAACUCGACCAGAUCUGUCCGAGGCCUAAUCGGGAUGCAGGGGUUCAUGCUUCCCUUUAUUUCUCUUCCAGCACUUUCUGAUUACCCUGCUGAGAACGUAGAAACAACACGUGGAGGAUGAUUUUUAUUAUCUUUUAGAUGAUGUUUUGUUUAUUUUUAGUUGACCCGAGUGUCGGUAUGUAGUUGUGUCUUAUUUUAGUGUUAAUUAGUGCCAGAGGGUCUUAAUCGGGCCGCAGGAACGAAUGAGUUUAAUGAAGUAGAUCAAUUUUGAUUAUUUUAAUGAUGUUUUGAGUGUUUUAUUAAUGUUGUACGGUAGUUUUCUGUGUUCAUCAGGGUACGGUGCAUGUGUGAGUGCAC